CGUGGCUGAACGACCGUGUUGCCAGAGACGUGGAAGUGGCGGUAUAGCUAGUGGUGGAGGUAGCGGUGGUGGUAAGUGCGGAUUCGGCAAAGCGGCAUACACGUUUAUUGAUCUGACGGCCGCUCAUCUAACCAGCCCCGCACAGAAGGGGGACCUGUCUACCACCACACACCAACCUCUCUCCUCUCUCACUCGGCGCGCCCUCAUCUUCUACUCUCACAACCUGCUCUCAGCCACGCCUUCCCUGUCUCUUCAAAGUUGAAGCUCCUUGCCUAACCUUCACAAUGCUGCUCUAACACACGAGAGGAGAGAUAACACAGGGAUAACAGAGGGAAGGGGGAAAAGGAGGCGUGGGAUUGGUCAUGAAACGUCACUAGAGGCGGGGCCAGUCACAGCGAGUCGAGGGCAGUAGGAGACGUCAGUGAGAGAGAGACUUUCAGAGGGGAAGCACGGCCCGCGGCUCAGUGGUGGUUGUCAUUGGAGAACCGAGAGCCUUAACGAAAUUAAAGAAAACUUUUUCUUUCCUGAGCAAUUUCACAGAUGGAUGAUCGAGACGACAAUACGAAGAAAAGAAAAAAACUACAAUAGAGAUACUGACUUGUAAAAGAAAAAAAAAGGGAGACAAUAAAACAUUUCCUCUUAAUGAUUUGAUAUUUGAAGAGAGAGAGAGAGAGAAAGAGAGAGAGCGAGAGAGCGAGAGAGAGGAAAGUAUAAUACACAUAAAACCCAAACAGGACAAUGACACAGGAACAUUAAUACAAAAAAAAGUACAAAAGAAAACAUCAGUGACUCAAAAAAAAAAAAAAAAAACUAAACACAAAGAAAAAACAAAGAACAAGUUUCACAGCCUCAUCGAACCCAGGUGCGCCAAACGACAGGUGGAAGUGAUGGUGGUGGAGACGACCACGAUGACAAUGGUGGUGGACUAACCGAGGACGACCACCCAGUCAGUCUUCACCACCACCACACCAACCAUUAUUAACCUCCAAUCUCCUCAUACCCACAUAGCAGAAGUGUUGUAUAUCUACCCCUCUUCCUCCCUCCCUUCCUCCCUCCCUCCCUCUCUCCGGUGAGGCGUGGAGGCGGUGGAGGAGGAGGCGAGUGACAUGGCCGAGAGUCACAAGCAGUGCCAACAGCCCCCAGCACUAGUAGCAGGUCUUCCCCCACCCAGACUCCUCAGGUCACCCAGUCACGAGAGCGUCAGCACUGAACUAUCCCUCUUUUCCAUCAGUAGCGCCGCCUCCGAGAUGUCGCGAGCUGGUCUGAGAGUGGUGCUUCCCCCUCACCUGGGUCGCGGACCGUCACCCACACCUGAGACCAGACACCGUCUUCAGGUAAGCUCGCAGGUUCCCUCCGGGGCUGGUGGCGGCGGCAGCUCGGUGGGCGAGGGAGGUGGAACCAACUUGUGGGGGGAGGAGGAGAGUGACCUGAUCCGCUCGUGUGCCGCCCUCAGCUCGGCUCUUGGUGUUCAGAAAAGCUUCAGUACAUCAGACAUCAGCGGCGUCGGGGUCUCCAACGACGGAGAGCUGAGCCGCACGUGGGUGAGCGAGGGCAACUUUGUGCUUCAGAUCAACCUGUGCGGGGGUGGGGGGAGGCUGGAGGGGGUUCUGCUCCCCCGCCUGGACCCCACCUCCCGCUCGUGCUCCACCUGGGUCGCCGUGGGAGACGUGGCCUCCACCUCGCAGCUCCCCUCCCCCAGGCCAAACCGGGCUCCCGAGAGUCCCGCCAUCACCGCUGCUGACUUCAUUCGUUCCGUGAACAAAAAGGUGCGCCAGAACUACAUCAAGAGAAGACUCGUCACAACCUACAAGGCGCUGCAGAGGUUCUCCCAGUCUGAACUCGAUCUUGAGAACGUGGGAGCAGCGGGCCAGGGAGGCGUAAAGAUUGACGGUGGCGGAGUUACUUUAGUGGUCCCUCCCCGCCAGCAGUCAGCCCAGGAUGUCUUCAGGAUAAUCAAGAAAGAGGCCGAGCUCCCCGCUGCCGCCGUGUCCACCAGCCAGGCUGCCUCGGGGAGCACCAACCCGGGGAGGAACUUGAGUCUGACGGCGAGAGAUGUGGAGAGGGACCGCGGCAGGCCUCUCACCAAGUACGAGAGGAAUAUGAUGAUCUUCAACUGGCUACAGACCCUCGAGGAAACUGCCUAUGAUAUUAUGUCUUGAAGGACGAGGAAGAGGGGGUGGGGCGAGGUGCAACAAGAGGAGCAGGAGGAGGAAAAGGAGCAGGAAGAGGAAAGAGAAAAGUAUUUUAUUUCAAGCUUAAUGAUGGAAUGAAAAUUAUUUGCUGAAAGCGUUUGAGUUUGAGAGAUUCGGAAGAUAUAUAUAUAUAUAUAUAUAUAUAUAUAUAGAGAGAGAGAGAGAGAGAGAGAGAGAGAGAGAGAGAGAGAGAGAGAGAGAGAGAGAGAGAGAGAGAGAGAGAGAGAGAGAGCAUGUAACAGGAAAACAAUAGAAGGAACAUUACACUUCUCAGACGAAGAGAAAAAAAAAAAAAAUCAGAAAAAUACAAU